GCUUAAAAUUGAAAAAAAUAAAUCAUUUGGUGGAAAGACAACUGGUAAACCAAAUAAAUAAAUAAAAAAUUAAUUGGUGAGAGGAACUUUCGAUACAUAUCGGAAAAGCCAUUUUUUUCCGUUCAAAUUGGUGGUGGCGGCGGAGGAUACAGCGGCGUUGGUGGUGCUACUGGUGGUCACCGGGAAAAAAGUUAAAUGUUUACCCACCAGGGUUUCGCCGGAAAACAUGGACGGAACUAGCCGUGUUUGAUCUGAUCUGAUUGUACCCAUUUUUUGAGCUUUUUCUCAUCAUAUAUCGUCUUUUUUGCUACGUAUUUCUCAGGAAAGGCUAGUUGAUGUGAUCAAUAGAGAUGUCGUUCAAGAGCAUUGUCCGCGAGCUGAAAGAAAUGAAAGAUGGGAUAGGGAGUAUAUCAAGGAGAGGGGAAGUGGAGGGAAGGCAUUGGCGAAACAGAACCCGAACACAUAUAGCGCCUGAUGUGGUUCCUUUUGAUCCCAAUCAACAAGGCCAAUGGGCAAAUAUACCACCAGAACUGCUUUUAGAUAUUGUCCGCAGGGUUGAAGAGAGUGAGACAUCAUUUCCUGCUCGGACAGCGGUAGUCUUUUGUGCAUCUGUUUGUAAGUCAUGGAGGGAAGUUACAAAAGAGAUUGUCAAGACUCCUGAAGAAUGUGGUAGGCUUACAUUUCCCAUUUCACUAAAGCAGCCGGGUCCCCGUGAAUCCCCAAUUCAUUGCUUUAUCAAACGUGACAGAGCUAAUUCAGUUUAUCGCCUCUACUUUGGUUUGACUCCAUCCGAGGAUGAGAGCGAUAAACUGUUGCUGGCUGCCAAAAGGAUCAGAAGGGCAACUAGCACAGACUUCGUAAUUUCCUUGGUUUCUGAUGAUUUUUCUCGAGCUAGCAGUACGUAUGUUGGAAAAUUGAGAUCUAACUUCCUUGGAACCAAAUUCACCAUAUAUGAUAACCAACUUCCAAGUGAUGCAGCUAUUCAACAUCGUGGUAGACUUAGUCGACGAUUCAGUACGAAGCAAGUAUCUCCGACAGUAUCUGCAUGCAACUACAGUAUAGCCACCGUUUCCUAUGAACUCAAUGUUCUCCGUACACGGGGACCUAGGAGAAUGCAUUGCGCUAUGCAUUCCAUCCCUUUCUCCUCUAUCCAAGAGGGAGGCAGUGCUCCAACACCUACAUCAUUCCCACAACAUUUUGACGAGAAGUCAUCUCCCGCGUUAGUCUCAAAAGCAAAGGAGCCAUCUGUAAAUAGCAGCUCGACAGUGUCAGUCCCUUCUCGAGCGCCACUUGUGCUAAAAAACAAAGCCCCUCGAUGGCAUGAACAAUUGCAGUGCUGGUGCCUAAACUUUAAAGGCCGAGUCACAGUGGCGUCCGUGAAAAACUUUCAACUAGUUGCAGCAGUUGAUCCAUCUCACAAUAUACCAGCUGCAGUACAAGAAACAACAAUUUUGCAAUUUGGAAAAAUUGGAAAAGAUAUCUUCACCAUGGAUUACUGCUACCCCCUCUCCGCAUUCCAAGCUUUUGCAAUCUGCUUGAGCAGCUUCGACACGAAACCAGCCUGUGAAUGAUUUUCGUGCUGAGAUUGUAACUCAUGAUAUUUUACAUUUCGUAUCGGGUUGCUGCAUGAUGUUAUGGAAUUGAUGUGUAUUCUCUCUGAAAAGUUCUAAAUGCAAGGCCAGAUUUAUUGAUGAGAAUAUCAUUAUGUGCAAGUAUGUAAAACUAACAGUAGCUUCUAAGAUAGAAGCAUCAUCUGUUGUGUAAGUUCUAUGAUUUAAUACUUUUCCUGGAAGGUAAAGGAUCCAUUUGCCUACAAAA